CAACAUAACAACUGCUGCGAUCGAUAUAAUUCCCAAUGACUCGUCUGACGACGCCGACAGCCAGGAGGAUAAGGAAGAACGCGCUCGACAUGCGAUAAUUUUUCAGGAGCCCAUGGCGAGCCUGCCUUCGAUGGAGGAAGUGAAGGAGUGGACCCGUGCGCAAUUCUUCAAUACGACUUUUCUCGACUUUUCUGAUAAGCGGAGUAGACCAAAUAAGGCUGGAACAAACGCACCACCAGAAGCAAGUAAAUCACCCACAAAGACCAAAAAGACUUCGUCGGCGGUACUGAGCGUGCACGAUUUCCUGAAUGAUUUCUUCAAUAAGACUCUGCAGGAGGC